CCUCCGAGGAGGGGCGCGGUGUGGAUAAAAGAGUCGGAAGCACGCUGGAGGUUUCCAAAAAUAAAACGCGCUGCUCCCCUCGGCGGCGUGCUGGAGCCCAGCGCAGAGGGGGCGGCUCGGGCGCAGACCCCGCGCCGGGACGUUCGCCGAGGAGCCAUGAGGCCGCCGGCCGCUGCGGGCCGCCCGGGGACCCCCUGCAGGGUCCUCCUGCCGCUGGCGCUGGCUCUCCUAGUGGACGCGGGGCAAGCGCAGAGGAGCCCGGCCAGCAGAUACGAGCUGGCUGCGGGGGACGCGAGCCGGCCGUGGCGCCCCGCGGGCAGUCGCCCCGCAGCGCCCAAGGUGUACAGUCUGUUCCGGGAGCCGGACCCACCCGGCCCGGGCUCGCCGCCCGCCGAGCGGACCCAGCCGGCCUGGGGCAGCGCCUGGAGGCCCGCCGAGGCGGAGGCCGGGCGGCCACUCCGCGCGCAGCAGCCGCGUCGAGCCCAGCCACCUGCGCAGACUCGAAGGAGCGGCGCCCCGAGCCCCCCGCAGCCCGCGCCCCGGGCCGGGACCUCGCAGCGGCCGGGGGCUGCACCGCGAGGGCGGCUCACGGGGAGGAAUGUUUGCGGGGGACAGUGUUGCCCAGGAUGGACCACAGCGAACAGCACCAACCACUGUAUCAAACCCGUGUGCCAGCCACCCUGCCAGAACCGAGGCUCCUGCAGCCGGCCCCAGCUCUGCGUCUGUCGCUCUGGCUUCCGAGGGGCUCGCUGUGAGGAGGUCAUUCCUGAGGAGGAAUUUGACCCCCAGAACUCCAGGCUGGCCCCCCGACGCUCAGCUGCGAGGGCACCCGGCCUCCGCAGGAGCAGCACAGCCAGAGAAGUCCCUGUUGCCAGAACACGGCUGCCGGAGCCAGAGCUAUCGCCAGCCAGGACCCUGAGUGCGCUCAGCCAGACCCAUCCUUCCCAGCAGCAUGUGGGGCUGUCUCGGACCGUCCGACGGUACCCAGUCGUCACCAGCACCAGUGGGCAGUUGGCGUCCAAUGCUCUGCCUGUGGGACUUGAGGAGAGGGACAGUGCCCAGCAGGCAGCACGUCUCGACUACCUCUCGCCCCCCUGGGGGCUGAACCUCACCGAGAAAAUCAAGAAGAUCAAGAUCAUCUUCACCCCCACCAUCUGCAAGCAGACCUGCGCCCGCGGGCACUGCGCCAACAGCUGUGAGCGCGGCGACACCACCACCCUGUAUAGCCAGGGUGGCCAUGGACACGACCCCAAGUCUGGCUUCCGCAUCUAUUUCUGCCAGAUCCCCUGCCUGAACGGAGGCCGCUGCAUUGGCCGGGACGAGUGCUGGUGUCCCAGCAACUCCACUGGGAAGUUCUGCCACCUGCCGGCUCCACAGCCCGACCCAGAGCCCCCCAGGAGGGGCUCCCGUGCCAGGGCCCUGCAUGGAGGCCCCUUGCAGCAGUCUACAUUCACACUGCCACUGUCCAACCAGCUCGCUUCCGUGAACCCUUCCUUGGUGAGAGUGCACAUUCACCACCCGCCAGAGGCCUCUGUGCAGAUCCACCAGGUGGCCCGGGUGCGGGGCGAAGACCGGGCCUUGGAGGAGAACCGCGUGGAGACCAGAGCUCCGCCCCAGCUCCAGGCUGACCCCCGGCUCAGCCACUGGGAUGGCAACAGCAUCCCGGCCCAAUCCGGACAGCCCCUUCCGUCCCCACCCCAAGCGGUGUCCAGGCUGCAGGGACUGCUGGGCCGGUGUUACCUGAGCACUGUGAAUGGACAGUGCGCCAACCCCCUGCUGGAGCUGACUUCCCAAGAGGACUGCUGCAGUGGCAUAGGAGCCUUCUGGGGAGUGACCUCAUGUGCCCCAUGUCCCCCGAGACCAGCCUCCCAGGUGAUUAAAGAUGGCCACCUGGACUGUCCCCUGGGAUACAAGAGACUGAAUGUCACUCACUGCCAAGAUAUCAACGAGUGCCUGAUCGUGGGCCUGUGCAAGGACCUGGCCUGCGUGAACACCCGAGGCAGCUACCUGUGCACGUGCAGACCGGGCCUGAUGCUGGACCCGUCGCGGAGCCGCUGUGUAUCGGACAAGGCUGUCUCCAUGCAGCAGGGACUGUGCUACCGGUCCCUGGGGCCUGGCACGUGUACCCUGCCUUUGGCCCAGAAGAUUACCAAGCAGAUAUGCUGCUGCAGCCGUGUGGGCAAAGCCUGGGGCAGCAAGUGUGAGAAAUGCCCCUUGCCUGGCACAGAGGCCUUCAUGGAGAUCUGCCCUGCUGGCCACGGCUACACGUACUCGAGCUCAGAUAUUCGCCUGUCCAUGAGGAAAGCUGAGGAGGAAGAACUGGCCAGGCCCUCAAGGGAGCAGGCACAGCAGAGCGGUGGGGCCCUGCCUGGGCCAGGAGAGAGGCAGCCCCUGCGGGUGGCCACCAACACCUGGCUGGAAGCUGAGGCCAGCCCUGACGAGGGUGACUCUCAGACUGGCCAGGUCACAACCAGUGCCACCCACUCACCUACCUGGGGCCCGGCAGAUGCCAUUGGAAGACCAACAUCACCACUGCCUGAACAGGGGGUUCCAGAGACCCAAGUAGAGGAGCACCUGGCCCCUCCCACCGAUGUGCUGGUGACCUCAGCUCCCCCAGGCACUGACACGUGUGCUGCCGGAGCCAACAUCUGUGGCCCUGGAGCCUGUGUGACCCUCCCAGAUGGAUACAGAUGUGUCUGCAACUCCGGCUACCGGCUGCACCCCAGCCGGGCCUACUGCACAGAUGACGACGAGUGUCUGAGGGACCCCUGUGCAGGAAGAGGGCGCUGUGUUAACAGUGUGGGCUCCUACUCCUGCCUCUGCUACCCUGGCUACACGCAGGCCACCACAGCAGCUGCGCAGGAGUGCGAAGAUAUUGAUGAAUGUCGUCAGCCUGGCACCUGCUCGGAUGGGAGAUGCGUCAACUCCGCCGGCUCCUACACUUGCCUGGCCUGCGAGGAGGGCUACCGGGGCCAGAGCGGGAGCUGCGUAGAUGUGAAUGAGUGUCUGAGCCCUGGGGUCUGUGCCCACGGGCGCUGCGUCAACCUGGAUGGCUCCUUUAGAUGCUUCUGUGAACAGGGCUACGAGGUCACCUCAGACAAGAAGGGCUGCCGAGAUGUGAACGAGUGUGCCAGCCGGGCCUCAUGCCCCAAAGGCCUCUGUCUCAACACCGAGGGCUCCUUUACCUGCUUGGCCUGUGAGAGCGGGUACUGGGUGAACGAGGAAGGCACAGCCUGUGAAGACCUGGAUGAGUGUGCCUUCCCCGGAGUCUGCCCGGCAGGCGUCUGCUCCAACACGGUGGGCUCCUUCUCCUGCAAAGACUGCAGUGAGGGCUACCGGCCCGGGCCCCUGGGCCGCACCUGUGAAGAUGUGGAUGAAUGUGAAGAUCCCCAGGGCAGCUGCCUGGGAGGCGAGUGCAAGAAUGUGGCAGGCUCCUACCAGUGCCUCUGCGCCCUGGGCUUCCGGCUGGCCAAUGGCUCCGUGUGUGAGGAUGUGGAUGAGUGCGCGGGGCAGGAGCACUGUGCGCCCCACGGCGAGUGCCUCAACAGCCACGGGUCCUUCUUCUGCCUCUGUGCACCCGGCUUUGCCAGUGCAGAGCGAGGCACAAGCUGCCAGGGGCUGUUCGGGGAGCUGACGGAGGUUUCUACCCUAGAUGUGGACGAGUGUGCGGCCGCAGACCCCUGUCUGGGAGGGCGCUGUGUCAAUACUGAGGGCUCCUUCACCUGCCUGUGUGAAGCUGGCUUCCAGCCCUCCCCAGCGAGCGGGGAGUGUGUGGAUACUGACGAGUGUGAGGACCACAAGGACCCAGUGUGUGGGGCCUGGAGGUGUGAGAACAGCCCUGGCUCCUACCGCUGUGUCCCAGGCUGCCAGCCUGGCUUCUACGCGGCCCCGACUGGAGCCUGCAUAGACGUAGAUGAGUGUGCCAGUAACACCGUGUGUGGGCACCACGGCUUCUGUGACAACACGGACGGCUCCUUCCGCUGCCUCUGUGACCAGGGUUUUGAGACCUCACCCUCAGGCUGGGACUGUGUUGAUGUGAACGAGUGUGAGCUCAUGCUUGCCGUGUGUGGGGCGGCGCUCUGUGAGAAUGUAGAGGGCUCCUUCCUGUGCCUCUGCGUCAGUGACAUGGAGGAAUAUGAUGCCAAGGAAGGGCUCUGCCGGCCUCGGGAGGCUGCAGCUCAGAGCAUCUCCGAGAUCCCGACAGGGGACCACGCCCCAGGCCACACCCGCAUGGCCUGCUACUCUGCGCAGGACGGCCUUCUGCCCUGCUCCAGUGUCCUGGGCCAAAACUCCACGCAGGCUGAAUGCUGCUGCACUGAGGGAGCCAGAUGGGGGGACAGCUGUGAGCUCUGCCCAUCCGAGGAUUCUGUUGAAUUUGGCGAGCUCUGCCCCAGCGGGAAAGGCUAUAUCCCUGUGCAAGGAGACUGGCCGUUUACUCAGACCAUGUACACAGAUGCUGACGAGUGUGUGCUGUUUGGGCCCGGACUCUGCCGGAACGGCAGGUGCCUCAACACAGUGCCAGGCUAUAUCUGCCUGUGCAAUGCUGGCUACCACUAUUCCCCCGCCCGCGGGCAGUGCGAGGACCACGACGAGUGCCAGGACCUGGCCUGUGAGCACGGCGAGUGUGUGAAUACAGACGGCUCCUUCCACUGCUUCUGCAGCCCCCCUCUCACCCUCGACCGCAGUGGGCAGCGCUGUGUGAACAGCACCAGCAGUGCAGAGGACCUGCCUGACCAUGACAUACACGUGGACAUCUGCUGGAAACAAGUCACCAGUGAUGUGUGCAGCCACCCCCUGCGUGGGCGCCAGACGACCUACACGGAGUGCUGCUGUCAGGACGGCGAGGCCUGGAGCCAGCAGUGUGCCCUGUGCCCCCCCAGGAGCUCUGAGGUCUAUGCUCAGCUGUGCAAUGUGGCCCGGAUUGAGGCAGAGCGGGAGGCCGGGAUCCACUUCCAUCCAGGCUAUGAGUAUGGCCCUGGCCCAGACGACCUGCACUACAGUCUGUAUGGCCCAGAUGGGACCCCCUUCUACAACGACCUGGGCCCCGAGGACACCAUCCCUGAGCCCCCCUUCUCCAGUGUGGCCAGACACCCAGGGGACCCCACCCUUGCCUUUGAGCCACCCCUCCAGCCCUCCGAACUCCAGCCCCACCACGUGGCCAUCCAUCCAGAGUCCCUGGCCGCCUUCGAGGGGUUGCAGGCAGAAGAGUGCGGCAUCCUGAAUGGCUGCGAGAAUGGCCGCUGCGUGCGCGUGCAGGAGGGCUACACCUGCGACUGCUUCGAGGGCUUCCAGCUGGACGCAGCGCACAUGGCCUGCGUUGAUGUGAACGAAUGUGAGGACCUGAACGGCCCUGCUGUGCUCUGUGCCCACGGUCACUGCGAAAACACGGAGGGUUCCUACCGCUGCCGCUGCUCCCCGGGUUACGUGGCCAGGCCUGACCCGCCCCACUGUGCUGCAGAGGAGUAGCAGUGAGGGCUCAGGGUAGGCAGCUAGCUGGGAAUGGCCACAGCCUCGGCAGAAGCCUUCAGGGUGCCUUCCUAGCUGGGACGGCACCGCGACACCAGCUCCACCAGCGCGCCCGCAUCGCCUCUCACUUAGGCUCUGGCUGUGAGCUUGUCCUGCCCUGUGCCCUUGCUUGGCUCCACCACCACCAGACGCUUUAGUGCUUUGGCCACAGGCCACCACCUGUCCUGGCCUUGCUAUGGGAUGCUGUCAGAUGCCCAAAGAUUGUACACACAUGGAAGGUCUCACACUGUAAGCACCCCUUUCUGGCUGCGAUCUCCAGGACUCCGCCACUGGGACAGAAGCUACACUGCCCGGGGGUGGUCCCUUGGAUCCUGAGGAGCAAGAAGGGGUAUGGGAGAGUUUGAGGACUCCAGCGCCCCUCUCAGAACUGUUAUUGCCACCCAGCCAGUCUGGCCUGGGCCCUGACUCUGCAACAUCUCCACAAGAAGGACAGAAGAUACCUUGUUCUGAGAAGCAAGACUGAGACUAGCUUGCAGAGUGUAAGAGACACAAAUGAAGAGGAGCAAAGAGCAGGACAAAGCAGCAAGAGGCACAAGGCAAUGUGAAAAUAUGGGGAGCUGAUUGCAAGGGGAGCCACGGCUUUACAAGAGUAAAGAAUGACUCAGUAGCUUUGGGUAAAUCAUAGCCCCUGGUACUGGCUGCUGCAAGAGUGACUGUCUGCAAAGAACUUUAUUAAAUAUAAUUUCUUAUAGGAAAUACUUAACUGGGCUUUUUAGGGAAAGCCAGUUUGCUCUGUUAGCAAUCAACAGUCAAUUCACUAGUGUGCUCCUGAGCGGAGGAAGCCAGAUCUCCAGGGCUCUUCGCUCGGAGCCUGGGCCCCUCCUUGUCACAAAAUGGAGUUCCCAAAUCCCUCUGAACUCACACGGGGACUCUCCCACCACCACGGUAAAGAAAUGCACAUCCUGAAUUCUGUUUCCUGUUUUUACUUCACAUUAGACCAACUUUCUUUACAACGUUGGUUAAGUAAAAAACCAGAGAUAAGGCCAGCUCUGCCAGCGGCACACAUACUAUUUGGCUCCAAGGGAAAAAGUCCUUUACUAUUUGAAGACCAGGAAAAAUCUGGCUGUGUUCUGACGAACAGCCCGGAAACAAGGCUGCAUGUGAUGGAGAUGGGGAUGAACGCUACUUUCUUAAUUCACUCUGUCCUGGUCUGCCUGCUGUGCUGACGGUCGGCCACCUCACGCCAGGCCCUCUGUUGCAUGUUGUGCACAAAUUUCAUUUAAUCAUCCAAAGAUCCCCCUUCUUUUUAUUCCCAAUUCACUGAUAAGAAAAUUGAGGCUUAAGAAAAGUUUAAAUAAUUUGCUCUAAAUCACUUGAGUAGUUUAUAUUUGUAAAAGACAAAGAAAUGAUUUUACACAUGUGAAAAUAUUCUUCCAUUUGUUAAUAAAGGAAAUUAACUUAAAAUGCAGCGAUACGUUUUUUUUGUUUUUGUUUUUUUUUUGAUAUGCUUUCUUAAAAGGCUAGCAAAGAUGAAGACCUUUAAGACUCCUAGUUGGCAAGCAAGCAUCUCGGGAAAUUGCUGGCUGCUGGGCAUGAGAAAUGGUGCAACCUUUCAAGAGGACAACAUGACAGUGUUUUCAAAAUUCUAACAGUACUGACCUCCAGGAACUUAAUUUUCAAAUGUUAACUUCCUCACCAAAUGUGAAAUGAUAUGUGUAAAAGCUUAUUUAUUAUAGUAUUAUUUGUAAUAGCAAAAGAUUAUUGCUAUGGAAACAAAAAGCUCUAAUGCCUUAAGAAAGACGCCCAAAAGAGACUAAGAGGGCAGCUUACCCACCAGCGGGUAACACACUGCUGCACAUUGCAGCAGUGGGGCUGUGGACUGGCCCUUUGUGCUCCUGCGCCCCCCAUUCACACACACCCUGCCGCUCCUUCCGCCACUCCACCCUCCAACCCAGCCACUCGUUCUGGACACGCUGCACAUGUAGGCACGCGAGAACCCAAAUGGUGUAUUAUGCACGCUGCUGUGUACUUUGCUUUUUUCUUUAUACUUACGCAUAAAGAUUGUCUCAUUCUACUUCACAGCUAGUACACUGUAACUAAUCAGUUCCUCAUUGAUACACAUUCCCAUAGU